CGUUCGUCAUUGUUGCAUUGGCGCGAGAACGUUAGACGUGUUCAGUUUAUAUCGUGUUGAUCUAUAUUAACGUAUUGGAAAAGCUGAAAGUAUUAUUGUUAACAUUAAUAUAAUUUUGUUGAAUUCCUUCCAAAGUUAUACACUAAACAAUUCAAAAUGUUUUGGGGUUUGAUAAUGGAACCGAAUAAACGGUAUACCCAAACCGUUGAAAAAUCAUUCCACGUGUCAAUGGCAGCUUUAGAUGUUACAAGCGCCGACGACGAUGUAGUACAAGUGACCCUCUGCUAUGAUGGUUCAAAUUAUUUACUCUGUAGUUUAAAGAAAGGCAUAGUGUGGCAAGUACCGCUUGACUUACACUUUCAAGAGGGAAAUAAAAUAGCAUUUUCAUGUAAUGGCCAAAGUCGUGUACAUUUAACUGGUUACUUAAUACCAGAGGAUGAUGUAGAUUUAGAUGAAAAUUUAGAAGAAGAGGAAGAGGAAGAGGAGGAAGAAGAGGAGGAAGAAGAGGAAGAGGAAGAGGAAGUGCCAUCUCGUAAACGCCCAAAGAGAAAAGCGCAAGCAGCUUUACAAGAAAAUAAAAAAAGUAAACGAACGAAACAGAAAGUUGAAUCUUUAGAUGAUCAAGAUUUAGAUGAAACAAAUGAUGAAGAUUUGGCUAAAUACCAAUCUAUUUUAAGUGAUCUUCAAACUUGUCUUUCGAGUGAAGGAGACGUAAGCGAUAAUGAUGAUGAAGAUGAUGAUGAUGACGAUGAUGAUGAUGAAGUUGAUGAUAGUGAUAAUAAUGAUGAUGAUGCUGAGGAUGAUGAAGAGGAGGAAGAAGAAGAGAAAGUACAAAAAAAAUCUAGCAAACCACAAGGAAACAAAAAUAAGGAAGUACAGCAGCAGCAGCAACAACAACAGUCAAAAAAAAAAGAUAAACAAAAAUUGGUUAAUGGAAAGGUUGCCAAACAAGACCAACAAAAAAAGAAUAAAGGAGAAAAUCAACAACAAAAUACUGCGAAUGAACAGAAAAAGAGGGUACUUGAAGGAGGUGUAGUAGUAAAAGAAUUAAAGAAUGGUACCGGUGCACCAGUAAAGCCAGGAAAGUUUAUUUCUGUUUACUUUGUGGGACGAUUACUAAAUGGAAAAAAAUUUGACUCAACUACACAAGGAGAUGGGUUUAAAUUUAGACUUGGAAAGGGUGAAGUUAUCAAAGGAUGGGAUGUAGGUAUCGUAGGCAUGAAAGUUGGUGGAAAGAGACAAAUUACAGUACCUCCUUUUAUGGGGUAUGGUGCUAAAGGUUUCCCACCUACUAUUCCUGGUAACAGUACACUUGUUUUCGACAUUGAACUCAAAAGUAUCCAUUAACAUGUCAUAAUCUGAUAAAUAUUUACAUACUUCUCAUAAUUAAUUUUAAAAGGUUUUAUUAUUUGUCUAUUACCAUAAAAGGAUGUUUUAAUAUUUUUAUGCUAAUAUAUUAUUAAAUGUUUUAUAUUAAAUAUAAUUUUUAUUCUCAUACUACGACAAUAUAUGCAUUUUUGUUACAGUAUUGUUCAGAUAAUUUUAUGUUUUUUUUGUGACAUCCUUAUAUGUUAAUGGUAAGUAAUUUAUGCUCAAAUAAAAACUUAUGAAAUUUAUGAAGGAACGCCUAAAUAGGUUAAAGCAGUUUGAAUUGUUAGAUAUACGAUAAAACAAAGUGUUAAUGUUUUUGAUAAGAAGUUACAUUAAUGCAUUGCAUUUAAUAUGAUUUAUACAGAUAACAUAUGAUACAGCAGAGUCAAAGUACAUUGUAUACAAGUAUAAUACAUUCUAUAUCUCACUAUAAUUAAUUGUAACAUCUUACAGAUUACUGUUAAAUAUUAUACGAAAGUAAUUGACGUUUUCAAGUAAAUUUUGCAAAUA